AUGGUUGUUCUUUCAGCGCUGUGCCCGACCCUCCCUCACUUCGGUGCCUGCCUCGUUGAUUGUGUGAAAAGACACGUGCGUAUGGGCAAGAUUCGCUUCAACAGCAAGCAUUUGAUUGGCACUGCGUACGGUGAAUUUUAUCGUGUGGACAGGGACCGCCUGAUUCCUUACGUCCCAGAGGAGGACAACGACGAUGAAGACGCCGCUGUUGAGGGUGACAACCGCGGCAUUAUUGCCACAAAGGCCAAUCAGGGCCUUGAUGAUCAAGCCAUCCAGAAUCUCAAGAGUGAGGGCGUCACGGGCGAGGCCUUGGUUCAGACGUUGGUGGAAAAUAGCAAAACCUUCAAGCAGAAGCAUGCCUUCACCCGUGAAAAGUAUAUCAAGCGCAAAAAGGAAAUCCACGUCAAUGCCGUGCAAAUCUUGCGCCCAACGAUUCGCAACUUGCACGACGCCUUUUACCAGCACUUUCCCGAUAAGAUUGCUUCGAUUCGCGUUGACACACUUGCAUCGCUGUUGAUGCGUGCCAACGUGCAACCACAUUCCCGCGUUGUUGUGUUUGAGACCUGCUCGGGCCUCAUGACGGCGGCUGUUGCGAGACAGCUGGGAGCUGAGAGCAAGGCCACCAUUGUGCCCUUUAGCAUCAGCGAGCUGAGCACCGUCCUCGCCCAGCGCCAAGCUCUGGUCGACCGGACCGAGGCCAUUCCCGAUAGUGAUGUGCCCAACAUGUUUGAGGGCCACCAGCGAGACCGUGCGCGAGCCCACGUGCUUUUGGGCCAAUGUGACAGCUUGAUCGUGGCAGCGCGGUAUCGGCCUACAAACAUUGUGCAGUCCCUGCUGAAACUGCUGGCACCCUCACAGCCUUUUGUUGUUUACCACGAAUAUCGCGAGCUCUUGGUCGAGUUGAUGGACGAAAUCAAGGGAGCAAGCGUCAACGUCAAUUUGGCUGAAAAUUUUUUGCGCUACUACCAGGUGCUGGAAAAGCGCACACACCCACUCAUGACAACCGAGCCACGACCUGGCUCCUUGCUCUAUGGUACCACAACGCACCGGACAGCAACCAGCUGCACGCGCACCCUGUAUGAGCGUGCAGUCGCUCUGCAUGGUCCCACAAGUACUCAGGACUCCGCUGCCAAGGCAGAAUCUGGCGCACCAGAAGCCAAGCGCCCCUGCCCAGCCUAA